AUGAGUAUGAUUGUAGAUUUGAAAGAAGAAGGUGAUGAUGAUCUGUUAGUACAGCUACCACCAACAAACUUCUCUGCAGUGGAAAAUAACUACAUAUAUAGAUCUGGAUUCCCUCAUCCUUCUAAUUUCACUUUUCUCCAUAUCGAUGGAACAAAGGAUGCAUCAACUAUGUCAAGCAGAAGUGAAAUUAUAAUGGAUGGUUUGAGAGUGAUAACUGAUGAGAGAAAUCACCCGGUUUUAGUACAUUGCAAGAGAGGGAAACAUCGAACUGGUUGUGUCGUUGGAUGCUUGAGGAGGAAAUUGCAGAACUGGUGUUUGGAUGUUGUGGUUGAAGAAGAGUUCAAGCAUUUUGCUGGAGCAAAAUGGAGAGAAACUGACUUGAAAAUUUUGGAGAGUUUUGAUGUGCAAAUAUUGUUUGAGUAUUUCAAAUACUUGUUGUAA